AUGUCGUCUUCACCAUCGCAAAACGGCGCUUCUUCGUCACGGAAUACAGCCGAACUCACACGAUCACCGCCAUCAGGAAAGAGAGGCAAGCUCUCGCCACACGAGAGGCAAGCACAAGCCAUCUCAAAGCUACUCGCAAACCCAGACAAGGAAGUUCACAUCCCUGAGGGACCCAAGGAGAAGUCAAUACGACCACCUCGGGAUGUGAUGAAGAAUGUUUCUGGUUCCAGUGCGGGCGCAGGAUCAGGCGAAUUCCACGUCUACAAGCAACAACGUCGGCGAGAGUAUGAACGCAUACAGCUCAUGGAAGAGCAAAACAAAAAGCUGACCGAACAAGAAGAGUUUGAUCGCAAGCGUGCCGAACUUGAGCGCAAAGACGAAGCCAAGACCGAAAAGAAUCGUGCAAAGCGCGAGAAGAAGAGGCUUGCAGCGCUCAAAGCACAGGCAGCUGCCAAAGGCAAGGAUCCUUCCGAGAUCUCGACAACCGAAUCUGAUGCCAGGACCAACGGAGAACCGGAAGCAAAGAAACAGCGAUUGCACAAUGACGCCGUGGAACGAUUCCAGUUCAAACGCAAGGAUGGCUUGGAUAGCGACGGCAGUGCCCACGAGGGAUGA